AUGUCAACACACUUCAGGAGCGGCCCGUCCUUCGGUCUGUCCGCGGAGGUCAAGAGCAAGUUGGCAGGGAAGUACGACCCCCAAAAGGAAGAAGAGCUCCGGUUAUGGAUCGAGGAGGUGACCGGCCAUAGGAUCGGGGACAACUUCAUGGACAGCCUCAAAGACGGAGUGAUACUGUGCGAACUUAUAAACGCUCUGCAGCCUGGCUCUGUGCGAAAGAUCAACCCCUCCAAUCAAAACUGGCACAAGUUGGAGAACAUCGGGAAUUUUGUGCGUGGCAUCACAGAGUACGGCCUGAAGCCUCAUGACAUCUUCGAGGCCAAUGAUUUGUUUGAGAACGUCAACCACACUCAGGUCCAGUCCACCCUCCUCACUCUGGCUGGAAUGGCCAAGUCCAAGGGGGUCCAUUCCAAGUAUGACGUUGGAGUGAAGUACGCAGAAAAACAACAGCGGAGAUUUGCUCCUGAAAAGCUCAAAGAAGGACGGAAUGUCAUUGGUCUGCAGAUGGGGACCAACAAGCUGGCGAGCCAAAAGGGCAUGACCUCCUAUGGCACACGACGUCAUCUCUAUGAUGCAAAGAUUGCCAUGGAUGCUCCUAUGGACCAGUCCACAAUCAGUCUGCAGAUGGGAACCAACAAGGGCGCCAGCCAGGCCGGCAUGACGGCACCAGGAACCCGGCGGCACAUCUUUGACAAGAAGCUGGAGCUGGAGAACUGUGACACCUCCACCAUCUCCCUGCAGAUGGGCACCAACAAAGUGGCCUCUCAGCAGGGCAUGUCCACCUACGGCCUGCCUCGCCAAGUAUACGACAACAAGUACUGCACCAACCCAACCGAAAACUUCUAUGACAACGGCGACGUGCUGGAGUUCGAUGGCUAUAACCAGUACUCUGAUUGA